UGACUCGAGUGAUGACAUGGCAGAAUUUGCAUGUUUUCCCCCAGGCCCCAGGCCCCAGGGCCUCCAGUCACUGUCCAGUCUCCAGUGUCUAUACUCUAUACUAUGUCUAUAGAUAUGACUAUGAGAUAUGCGAUUAGUGUAGUGUUGUGUAGAGAAAGGUUCAAAGUUCCAUCUGAGAUAGAAAAUUUCAUUUCAAUUUCAAGUGUAAUCCCUCUAUAUUUCUUAUUACUUUAGUAAUCCCUUCCCCUUCCAUAUAAGUACUUAAGUAAUAAUUCAGUUCAUCCUCCAGCGAAAUUCCUUCAAAUCUACAUUCGAUAUGGGAAUGAAUCUAAACGAAGGAUGUAUCAAGGAUAUCAUGCUUGGUACGAAAAUAAACUCCCCAAUAGUUCAAAUUUUGAGCAUUGAAAAGGUUUAUAAGUGGCAGAAGGCCGUUGUUUCGGAUGGAGUGUUCUUUACUCGUGCAAUGUUAGUAGAAUCUGCUUUUAUGUUGGUUUGCAGUGGAGAAUUACAGCCCUACAGUGUGGUUGUUCUGGACGAUUACACAACCGUAAAAAUGCACCAUGCCAAAGGACAUUCGAUGAUGUUAAUGAUUCAUAGAAUGACCAUAUUGAAGAGGGGUGAUGCCAUAGCAAGACAAAUCGGUAAUCCGAUCUCUGCAACUACAUUUCAAUUUAAAGGGCUCAGCAGUUUUGAAAAAUCUCUGUUGGAGAAAACGAAGACGUUAUCAAUAGCGGAGCUGGACCCUGGCAAUGAUUGUUGGUCAAUUAAAGCUCGAAUUGUGAGCAAAACGUAUAUACAGAAAUCGAACGAUGAAUUCUUCAACGUAGAACUCGCUGAUUCGUCUGGCAGUAUAUCAGCAACUGCGUAUAACGAUGCUUGUCGUAAAUUUAUCCACUUACUAGAGGUUGAUAAAGUAUACCAGAUUAGGCGGUAUUACCUUCAGAGUGAGGAAACAACAUGCCGCAAAUUGAGAUUGAUCUUGAAACAUGAUAGCGAAAUUGAACCAGCCAUCGAAAAUAUACAGUUUAACUUCUCUACCUCUAGAUUUUUUAAUGAUGCGCCUUUGUAUACUUCAAUCGAUAUUAUAGGAGUUUGCUUGUACAUGUCAAAUUUGAUUAACUCGGAGGACAAAUCGCGAAAAGGCUUAUUUCGUUUCAUGCGCCUGGCAGACCCAAGUGCAGAUUUAAUUGCAAAUUCGAAUGAGAUGAGCUGGCCAGUCAUGUUAUCGGGUGAUGCAGCUGAGAAAAUCAAUAUUUCCUCCACACCUGUGAUUGCCAUUAAAGCAGCAGAAAUCGUGAUGAAAUCGGGACACAGAUAUGCUUCGGUUAAUCAAGUUUCACAAGUAUUUGUGAAUCCUGAUAUUGAAAAAGCUCGGGAGGUGGCAGUGCAACACAAAAACCGGCUUCAAGGACUUGCGACGCUCAGCGAAAAUGACCACUUCGUUUUUUAAAAAUGAAUACCAUGUGGUCGUCUUGAGUUUUGUUUUUGAAUUAAUAUUAAUAUAAGCAUAGCGAAGAAAUGUAUUCCUUAUUUUCAAAACAAGAUGUUAUAUUUUCAUUAAAAUCAUGUAAUGUACUUA